GUGGUACCUGCAGCCAUGCGUCCCCUUCUGCUGCCCGGGCUGGCGCUGCUGGUGAUGCUGCUGCUGCUUCUGCUGCUGCUGCUGCCCGACGCCCGCGGCGCCGCCCGCUACGACCCCACCUGGGAGUCCCUGGACCGCCGCCCGCUGCCCGCUUGGUUCGACCAGGCCAAGUUCGGCAUCUUCAUCCACUGGGGCGUGUACUCCGUGCCCGGUUUUGGAAGCGAAUGGUUCUGGUGGUAUUGGCAAAAGGAAAAGAUUCCAAAGUUUGUGAACUUUAUGAAAAACAAUUAUCCUCCUGAUUUCAAAUAUGGAGAUUUUGGACCACUAUUUACAGCAAAAUUUUUUGAUGCAAGUCAAUGGGCAGAUCUUUUUCAGGCUUCUGGUGCCAAAUAUAUUGUAUUAACUUCCAAACAUCAUGAAGGCUUCACCUUGUGGGGUUCGGAACGUUCAUGGAACUGGAACUCCGUUGAUUUGGGACCAAAGAGGGACAUCGUGAAGGAACUUGAGAAUGCCAUUCGGAACAGAACCGACCUGCACUUUGGACUCUACUAUUCUCUUUUUGAAUGGUUUCAUCCACUCUUCCUCGACGAUGCAUCCAGUUCAUUUCUCAAGCGGCAGUUCCCAGUGUCUAAGAUGCAGCCUGAGCUUUACAAAUUAGUGACCAAGUACCAGCCUGAGGUCCUGUGGGCAGAUGGCGAUGGCGACGCCCCAGAUUCCUACUGGAACAGCACAGGCUUCUUAGCGUGGCUCUACAAUGACAGCCCAGUUCGAGACACAGUCGUCACCAAUGAUCGUUGGGCAGCUGGUAGCAUCUGUAAGCAUGGCGGCUAUUACACCUGCAGUGACCGUUACAACCCAGGACAUCUUCUGCCACAUAAAUGGGAAAACUGUAUGACAAUAGACAAGUUUUCCUGGGGCUUUCGGAGGAAUGCUGUCAUCUCUGACUAUCUCACAAUUGAAGAACUGGUGAAGCAACUUGUAGAAACAGUUUCAUGUGGAGGAAACCUCUUGAUGAAUAUUGGACCCACACCCGAUGGUAUCAUAUCUCCAGUUUUUGAGGAACGGUUGAGGCAAAUGGGAAGUUGGCUCAAAGUCAAUGGAGAAGCCAUUUAUGCAACCCAGACAUGGAGAUCCCAGAAUGACAGCCUCACCCCGGAUGUGUGGUACACAUCCAAACCUCAAGAAAAAUUGGUCUACGCCAUGUUUCUAAAUUGGCCUGUAUCAGGAAAACUGUCUCUUGGAGAACCCAAAGCUACUGAGGGGGCAACAGAGGUGAAACUACUGGGACACGGACAGCCUCUUCCCUGGACACCUUUGAAGCUAGGUGGCAUUGUGGUAGAGCUGCCACGGCUCACCGUUGAAGAACUGCCUUGUAAAUGGGGAUGGGCCCUGGUACUAAAGAAUGUGGGCUGAUUUGUAGUGGAGUGGACUGGACUGUGACGUAAACAUAAAAUUGCUUCAGAAAAGUACAGUAGCUAUUUUGGCAGUCCAGCCUUUCUUCCUUGUAUUCGUCAAUCAAUUCACCUCAAACCAUCCCCCUCCUGCCCCCACCCCCCAGUUACCCAUGAAAUGAUCCAUUUUGAACUCUCUGGUACAUUUUGUCAUGGAAGCUUCUUCAUUUGGGGCAUAUUUCCAGAGAAAUUUGGACGCAAGAAUUUUGGAAACGUAGCUAGGAGAUGGCAGUAUUAAGGACUAAAAUGUGCUUCUUGCCAAACUCAUAUGUUGAAGUCUUAACCCCCAAGGGGACUGGUUUUGGAUUAAUAGCUCAUAGAGUCCCAUAUGCAAUGAAUUGUAAGGGUGAGGCUCUUACGUGACAGGACAUGACUCCCUUGGAAAGGAAGCCAUCGAGGAGAAGGAAGCCAUAGAGAGCUAGUACAGCAGGUAGGGCACUUGCCCUGCAUGUAGCCCACCAAGUUUAGAUCCCUGGCACACUUCAUGGUCCUCUGAUCCCUGCCAGGAGUGAUCCCUGAGUGCAAGAGUAAGCCCUGAGCACUGCCACCUGUGGCAUACAAGACAAGACAGCAAAACCCAAAAGUCAGCAAACAAACAAACAAACAAAAAAAAAAACAACCAACCAAACAAAAAUUACUGUUUAAGGCACCUACUUUGCUAGCAGCCCUAGCAGAUGGAUAUGAGUGCUAAGCAUGUAAUUCAUUUCACCAGACUUCAAAUGCUUCUAAGGACUUGUCUUUUUAUUGGAAAUGGUGCCAGUGCUUUAGAGGGGAGGGGGUAGACUGUGCUCUAGCACUGAACUGCAUUUCUGCUCUACCCCAUUUACUUUUUCACUCUUGGGAAUAAAUUUAUAUUUAAAAAUAUACAGAAAAGCUGACAGGUAAAAUCACGGUUCAGAUCAUUACUAUUUUAGUAUCUAUUUCAGGUUUUUUUUCCUUUUUUUUGGUAGUGAAAGGGCUGUGGGAUUUGGGUUACAGAUCUAAUUUUUUUGUAGAGGGGCUAACUGAGGUUUUAAAAAAUUAUUAUUUUGCUGUUUUGGACCACACCUGGCAGUGCUCAGGGGUCACUCCUGAGUUUGCAUCCAGGAAUUACUACUGAUGGUGCUCUGGGAUGCUAGGGAUAGAACCCAAGUUGGCUGCGUGCAAGACAAGUGCCCUCCCUGCUGCACUACUGCUCAAGCCCCCUGUAGCUGUGCUAAUAAAUAAUCAUUCUUACUGUG